CCGCCGGCCUCUCACGCUGCCAUGUGCGUCCGCAGCGGCGCGGUGCGGGCCCGGGUGCGCGCCCCGCCGGCGGGGCAGAGCGAGCCGAGCGCAGCUGCCGCCUGCCCUCCUCCGCGGCGCGCGGCGCCCUGCAGCCUCCACGCCGCCGCCCGCCGCCCGCCGCCGCCGCCGCCUCUUCUUCCCCCGAGCCGGGUGCUGUCCCUCCUCUCAGCUCCGCCGUUCAGCGACCGCUCGGCUUGCGACUUCUGCCUCCGCCAGGUGCGGCUCGGGCGGUGCAGUUACUCUGCAACUCCUGGACCUAUGCAUGGUCUGGAUCUGGAAUAUCAUAGAUGCUUAUGAAUGCUCGUCCCUUUUGAUGCUUGCUUCGUAAUUAUUUGGCUGAGAAGCAAAAGCUCUGGAACCAGUCUGUGUGGGUCUUAAACCCUCCCUAUUUUCUAGCUGUGUGACCUUGAGUAACUUGCUUAACUGAAGUCCCAGUCUUAGGUCUGAAAGUCACCAUAAUAAUCUAGACUCUGUAGGGCUCGUUGUAAGGGCUACAGAUGAGAAGUGUAGAGGGCUUGGCACUCCACAGUAAGCUGUCAUCUCAGGGGCCUCCUUGUGGUACAUUUGGAGCACCAUGUACACCCCAGUGAAACUGAUGAGGUAUUUUCUGUUCCAAACACAAGCCCAUGUCCUUUCCCUGCCUGAAAAUUGUGUGUGGUUGUUUGUGACAAUCUUCCUAAUUGCUGCUUUCAUUUUGUUGUCUUGUUUUGCAACCAUGCCUUCCCACUGGCUGAUGUUGGUUGUGAAGGGAAAACCCCUUUUAGGCCACCAAAUCCAACUUUCUUUUUAGCCCAGGUGCCCAAGCCCUGGCAUUUCCACAUGACUUGUUCCUGCACAUCUUUAGACCUGGGCUGGGAAGCAGGAAAUUGAGACCAGAGCAGGAGUCAACUCCUUAAAGCCUUACUCUGUUCACCUUACCUCCACCGCCCCCCCCACCUCCCCAUGGCAGAAGAAUCCUGGGUUAUCUCUCAGAAGCUGCAAGCAGGGUGAGGUAAUGAAACAGAUGACUGCCUGCCCCAUGUGAUGGUGGGUGAAUCAUCCCCAGGCAUUCUUCGAGGCUGAGGACCAACGUGAAAGGGAUUAAAGGUAAAACCGGCUCAGCCAUGUGAUAGGGCAAAUUGGACAUUAUUCUACAGGUGAACGAACUGCAGGAAUCUGACAAGAAGCCCAGCCUCUCCCGGCCUUCCUCCUGGGGCUGCAUCUGGCUGCUCUGGAGCUGAGUAGGGGCCGAGCAGAAGUAACCACAGGACAAGCCUUUCUUCGUUUUGCUUUCACAACCGGGUCGCCCACCUGAGCCUGAAAACAGGUUGUCUUGUUUUUUAAAAGACACCCACUGAAAUCCUUUCCCCCACCGCAGCAGCAAAGGAGAACACACAUGUGUCUCAGAGAGUCAGAGAGGCAGGGUAACAUAUUUCAUGAAGAUGGUAAGGAGGAGAAAUUAGCUU